ACCUGACUCCCCUCCCCUCCCGAUUCAAUCUCCAGCAUCCGUUCCUUGGGCUAAUCCGGAGCAUAGAGGGUGCUGGGGUUCCCCAGCUUCAAGUGCUGAAGCGCUCUCAGUUUUUUUCUUGUAUUGUAGUCCAUCCGUGAGCUUGUCUGCUGUACGACAUUCGGUCAUUCCUGAUGCUAGACUGAUACCGUUUGUCCAGACCACUCGCUCUCGGAGCAUAUUCCUCAGACUUCUUACGCCUUGCAUGGCAUCGUUUCGUGCCAUGACUCCCAGUCCUACGAGCAAGGCUCAGGAUGCUGGGGGUCGAGGAGGCUCGGCUAAGCGACCGUCCGAUGCUUCCUUCGCUAACAACAAGCGUCAAGCCUUGUCGAAUCGGACGAACCACGUUGCUCCGUCGGCAGUCAUCUCGCCAUCGCAAGAUCAGACACGUAAGAAAACCCGAGGAUCGAGCCAUUCGCGGUCGGCCAUAAAGCGUCACGGUUCGUCUGCAGCGGCAGCGACUGCUGCAUGCACCAGAGUCACGCGAUCGACGUCGCAGCAGGCGUCGCAGGCCGUCGCACGGAAGCAGCACAUGGUUGUAGUCGUAUCUGCAUCCCACGGUGACCAGGCCCAGUCGCAGCGACCGACGCAUCAGCAUCAGCAUCAGCAUCAGCAUCAGCAUCAGCAACAGCAGCUGGCGGACCGGAGUCACUGUAACGGUGGAAGACUUCCUGAUUUCCGCGACCUCCCUGCGCCAGCGGCAUGCCCCGCUUCCCCCGCUCGCGCUCGCGCAAUCGCCGCGCCAGGCGCAGCGGAGCUAGCAGGCGCUUCCGCAGCCUCCGGAGGAGCCAUUGCCGGUCACGCCCAGGAUGGGACGUGGCUCAGAACUGAUGCCAAGUCAUCAUGCCCUGGCGUGAAUGGCGGGGGGUUGCUUAUUCCAGAGCUGCACGCUGCGGGAUCAGCAGCGGCGUUUGCGUUCGCGCAACCGCAACCGCAGCAUCUGCAUACGCACGACCGUGCGCAUGUGCCAGCGCUAGCGCCCGGAGGAGAGCACCUGCAUUGGGGCGCGCACGCGCAGGCGUACCUGGCGGAGGCUGCGCUGCUCUCUACUGAGGGCAGCAUCGGCGGAUCAGCGGAGCGACAUCAGGCGCGGUAUGGGGAGAAGGCGGAGACAGCAGGGGGAAGCGCGAACGGCUUCGUGUCGGUCCCCGUGGCGAAUGUCCUGCCGCAUGGGAAAGGCCAUGGCUCGGCGCAUUUCACGGCGAACGUUCCACUGCAUAGCGCCGCUGCUGCCACAGACAGAUCGGCAGGGUUCAGCGAUUCCGCAGUACCAGUGACGUUUGCAGCAGCGGUUGUCGCAACGGCGGCGGCAGAAGCGGCGUUACGCCACCCCCUUCCGUUUUCCGCAGUGCCUUGCGCCGCCAUGCCCGCGAGUUCCGCCGCGGCUGUCCCGGCUACGACCACUCUUUCCCUUCUCCUACCCAGUAGCAGCAGUGGUGGCUGCAGCGCGGGGAGCGUGGGUGGCGCGGGGGACGUGAUGGGAAGCGCGGCGCAGGCGCAAGCGCAGGCGAGCGCAGCGGCGAUGGAUUCGAUCAACCGGAAGACGGAGCGGGUGCUAUGCAUCUCCAGUGUCGUUCCCGGGAGGGACGGGGAGCGCCAGGGAGACAUGGAAGGGGCCCUUACGGAGGGUCCGCGGGAGGAGGGCGCGGGAGAAGCGCGCCUGGCGGUAACGGCUCACCCGUCGCUUUCCGCCAACUGCAGCAGCCAGUGGGCGCAAGCGGUGGAGGUCUCUGGCGCGGCUGGCCUGGCGGAGGCGAAUGCGGAGCAGGAUGCGGGUGUUAGCGCGCCGGGCGCAAUAGCGGGCGCGGGCGCGGGAGGAGAUGCGGUGAAGGUUCGGAAUAUUGACUCGGCGCAUGGGGAUCCCCAGAUGUGCACGACGUAUGCCGCGGAGAUCUACUCGAACCUGAGGGACGGCGAGAGGCGGCAGCGGCCGUCGAUGGCGCUAUUGGAGGGCGGGGAGGGACAGGGUUCGGGGGACAUCAGCGCUGGGAUGCGCGGCAUUCUGAUGGACUGGCUGGUGGAGGUGGCGGAGGAGUACAAGCUCGUGCCCGACACGCUCUUCCUCACCGCCGCCUACAUCGAUCGCUUCCUCUCUAAAACCACCGUCACGCGCAACCACCUGCAGCUCCUCGGCAUCGCAUGCAUGCUCAUCGCCUCCAAGUACGAGGAGAUCUACGCGCCGCAGGUGGACGAGUUCUGCUACAUCACGGACAACACGUACCGCCGCCACGAGGUGCUGCACAUGGAGCGCCGAGUGCUGGGCGUGCUCGAGUUCGACCUCAGUACGCCCACAGUCAAGAGCUUCCUCAGGCGCUUCAUCAAAGCUGCCCAGGCUGCCCUUCCAAGCCCUCAGCACCACCUGGAGUUCCUGGGCAAUUACUUCGCAGAGCUCACUCUCGUGGACUACCCCUGCCUUCGCUUUCUCCCCUCACAAAUCGCUGCCGCAGCCGUCUUCCUUGCCAAGCUCACCCUCUACCCGUCCCUCGCACCCUGGGACGCCACGCUGCAGCACUAUACGGGGUAUGCGCCCUCGCAGCUCAAGGAGGCGGUGGUUGCACUCUACGACUUGCAGCGCAAUGUCAAAGGCUGCACGCUCCCUGCCAUUCGGGAGAAAUACCGUCAGCCCAAGUUCCAAGGCGUGGCUUUGCUGCCGCCUCCAGCGGAUCUACCAGACCACCUAUUCCUGGACUCGUAGCUCCCUGGUGGCUCUACGGCACAGGAGAACACUCUGCCACCGCUUCCCUGCUUCACUGCUUCAUGACAUUACCGCCACCUUCCCAGCUACUCCCAUCACUGCUGUCCUUCUGCUCCUGCUGCUACCGUGCCCACGCUUUGUCGUGCACGCUCUUUCCGACUGGAACUAUGAGUACUGUCGUUACUCCAUGUGUCCCAUGAGUACUGUUCAGCAGCCUCCCCUGCGUCGGUUCGUAUCCCACCGUCAGUGCUGAAGGUCUUUGCUCUAUCAGCCAUAGGCAUGUGGAUUCCAGCAGCAGCAGCAGCAGCAGCAGCAGCAGCAGCAGCAGCAGCAGCACAAGGGUAUAUGCUCAGCUCAUAGCACAAGGCCACUCUACUGGUCAUUCCACCUCAUAUGUUAUUGGGUCAUUCCACUCAACUGCUCCAUCUUCUACAGGCUAUCAACUGCUCCUUGCCCAUGCUCCUCAUGGGCAUCCACUGCAGUUCUCACGUGUACCUCCCUACACUAGAGCCUGGGCAUAGCGGCAUGAUCCAUAAGCCAGAGAUUUCGUCUUGGCCGCUGUUUCCUGGUGCACUUUCUAGCUGCUCCAUUAGUUUUUCUUUCGUUUCAUUAGAGCUAGGACCCUGCACAGCGUUACUUCUUUUUCCUUUUUUUUGGUGCUGGGUACAGCACACCUUCCGCCCCUUCUUCGAUACCUUCCCCCUCACUGCUUCCUCUUCUAGUCUCUUCCUUUCGUCCCCUCGCUCUAGGCUACCUCCUAUCUUUCGCCCAUCUCUACACAUCCUCCCCCCCCCCCUCCCAAACCCCACCCCAUCCCCCCCCUCCACCCCUCCCCACCCCCAGCCUUUCUUGUUCGCACAACUUAUAUAUUAUCCUAAAUGUUUCUGUUUAUUUAUGAUGCAACAAAGCAUCAGCUUUGGACAUAAUAGGGUGAUUAUAGAAGUCAAAUGUAUGCCUUGGUGAUAUUAUAUGAGCAUUAAGUAGUGAU